UUGACGUGUAUCGUCUGUCGUCUGCUUCUUGUUGGUUGUUGGUAUUUGAUAUCAAAAUCUGCAUUAGUAAUAGUGAAUUGUGUAGAAAUUAUUUAGUUUUAGGCUUAUUCUAGAAAAUAUUAAAGUAUUUCACUCUUCAGUUGGAAAAGAGGCAAACUUGUCUUCAUGAAAUAAUCGUCACUACCAAACAACACAAUGUCUGGAUCACAAGAAAUCAUUCGACAAAAAAACGAUCAUAAUCUGUCUACGUCUCCUUGGGCAGUGCAGGUAGCGAAUAAUGUGACUGUACAGAAGCACCAUGUGUCAAGAGACAAGCGAGGCCAAGUGCUGGGCAAUGUACGUGGCUUCAGAGGCUGUACUGUCUGGUUCACUGGUUUGUCGGGAGCGGGCAAAACGUCAAUUUCGUUCGAGCUGGAAGCGUACCUGGUGUCUCGAGGCAUCCCGGCCUAUGGCCUGGACGGCGACAACAUCCGGACCGGACUCAACAAGAACCUCGGCUUCAGCAAGGAGGACAGAGAGGAGAACAUCCGCAGGGUGGCUGAAGUGGCCAGGCUCUUCGCCGACAGUGGAGUCGUCGCUCUAUGCAGCUUUGUUUCUCCAUUUGCCAGGGAUCGAGAAAUGGCUCGUAAAAUUCACAGAGAGAACGACCUUCCAUUUUUUGAAUUGUUCGUGGACACACCACUGAAUGUUUGCGAACAGCGCGAUGUCAAAGGGCUGUACAAAAAGGCCAGGGAAGGAUCUAUCAAAGGUUUCACAGGGGUCGACCAGGCUUAUGAGAAACCUGAAAACCCAGAUCUAGUCGUGAAAACGGUUGAUUCUACUGUUGACGAGAGCGUGCUCCAUGUCAUUCAGUUCCUAGAAGAGCAGGAAAUCAUUCCCCGUUCGGUGCGAGAGACAGACUUGGUGCCGGAGCUGUUUGUAGCGGAGAACAGCCUGGCCGCUGCAUUGGAGGAGGCUGACAACCUGAGUGAGCUGGAGAUCACCCACCUCGACCUGCAGUGGCUGCAGGUGCUUGUUGAGGGGUGGGCCUAUCCCCUCAAAGGGUUCAUGAAUGAGGACCAGUACCUACGCACUUUGCACUUCAACAGUCUGACAGAGGAGAUUAACCAAUCAGUGCCGAUAGUGCUGGCCGUGAGCGGGGAGGACAAACAGCGGCUGGAGGGGGAGACAGCCAUCACGCUGGCCUACAGAGGACAGCGCUAUGCCAUCAUGCGCAAUCUACAAUUCUACAAGCACAGGAAGGAGGAGCGCAUAUGUCGACAGUUCGGCACCAGUCAUCCCAACCAUCCCUAUAUCAAGUUGAUCAACGAAAGCGGUGAUUGGCUGGUGGGUGGAGACAUCGAAGCGCUGGAACGCAUUCGGUGGAACGAUGGCCUGGACAUGUACCGACUGACUCCCAACGAGCUGCGUGCCCGGUUCGCCGAAAUGGGCGCUGAUGCAGUUUUCGCCUUCCAGCUCAGAAACCCCAUCCACAACGGGCAUGCUCUUCUCAUGCAGGACACGAAGCGCAAGCUACUAGAGCGUGGCUACAAGAAGCCGGUGCUUCUGCUUCACCCACUGGGCGGCUGGACCAAGGAUGACGAUGUGCCCCUCCCCACCCGCAUUGCCCAACACCAGGCUGUGCUACAGGACAAUGUGCUCGACCCCCACUCCACCCUGCUCGCCAUAUUCCCAUCGCCCAUGCAGUAUGCCGGCCCCACCGAGGUGCAAUGGCACGCGAAGGCCCGCAUGGUUGCGGGAGCCAACUUCUACAUAGUGGGCCGCGACCCGGCCGGCCUGCCGCACCCUGACGCGGCACUCAAGUGCGACCUGUACGACGCGACGCACGGCGCACGCGUACUGGCAGCCGCGCCUGGCCUCAACCGCCUCGAGAUCAUCCCCUUCCGUGUCGCCGCCUACGACAAGGUCAAGGCCCGCAUGGACUUCUUCGACCCCGCACGCAAGGACGACUUCGAGUUCAUAUCGGGCACCAAGAUGAGAGGUCAGUCAGAAAAAAAAUCAUUUUUAUGA